AUUUACAUGACGCAGGCGCAGGACGUGCGCCGUUGUAAUUCUUCCUGGAGUAGUGAGUGAGCAGCCAUGAAGAUGACAGAGGAAAACAGCUCUGGAAAGUCUGAGAUAUCCAUGAAGGACGUUAGAAACCUCGUCAAAAAGAAAGAUGACAUUGAAGAGCAGAUAAAGGCUUAUUACGACGUGUUGGAGGACGGUGUCGGGGUUGAAGGUCCUCUGGUUGACGAAGAGGGCUUCCCCAGAGCAGAUGUUAAUUUAUACCAGAUCAGAGCAGCGAGACACGAUAUUUCAUGCCUGCAGAAUGAUCACAAGGCCAUCAUGGUAGAGAUCGAAGAAGCUCUGCACCAACUGCACGCUCGAGAGAAAGCAAAGCGGGAGCAGGACGAGGCUGGAGCUCAGGGCGACGCCAUGGAGCUUCAGGUCACUCUUCCUCCUCCGUUUGCUCGGGUGGAUGCUGUGACCCAAGGCUCCCCUGCCUGUGGAGCUGGGCUCAGGGUCGGCGAUGAAGUCAUCGAGUUUGGGUCGGUGAACACGGGGAACUUCCAGAACCUGCAGAACAUCGCAUCCGUGGUACAGCACAGUGAAGGGAAGCCGUUACGCGUCUCAGUCAUCCGGGGUGGCCAGAAAGCUCAGAUGAGCCUGACCCCACAGAGGUGGUCAGGCCGAGGUCUGCUCGGAUGCAACAUUGUUCCAAUCCAUCGAUAAACACGAUCAUCACUCACUUUCCCCGUGAGACCAUGGAUGGUUUCAAACACACUUUGUACAUACUGCUCUCACACACACACACACACACACAUACACAUACACUUCUACUGAAUAAAAAAUCAUUCCUUUACCUCUCAAGAAUCUUUUCUGUUCACACACCUGGUUGUUGACUUGAGGAGUGGAUGCCUUCAGGAGCAUGGCUUAACUUAAAGUCUCUUCAUUCAACCCAUUUCAUUCACUGAUGUUUGUGCAGUGAGUUAUUUUGUUGUUAUAGCAACAUUUAGGAUUUAAGGGAGUUAACACAGGAUAUACACAGUUUGAAUGUUCUGCAGUGAGUCAGUGAUGAUCUUACAUUAACACGAUGACGGGAGACUUUGGAAUUAAUAAAACUCUGAUCGAGGCUUUUUUUAUUUAAUUUGAGGAAAAAAAAAUGAAACAUGAUUCAUUAACUUUCACAAAGUGAGAAAUUUGUCUUGGGCUUUUCACCCGUGCUGCAGCUGCAAACAAUAUUAAGGGGACCGGUGGCGGUAGACUUGUGCAGG